UUGUUUUAUAGACCAAAAAUAAGUCCUGAAAACCAAAAAUUACCCAAAAUAUUCGCCAUACCUAAACUACACAAAAAUCCCAUCAAAUUCAGGUACAUUGCCGGAGCCAAUACUUCAUCCAUAAAACCUCUACAAAUCUUACUCCACAAAAUUCUAUGUUUCAUAAAAAUACAUUUUCAAAAUUACUGCAGAAUUUCACAAACUAACCUUAAUAAGAAAUGUUACUACAGCGUUGACAACACUUACUCCGCAAUUAACAUUAUUCGCAGUCCGCACAUUAAAAUACACACUGUUGCUACUGCGGACUUUACCACCUUGUUCACCCGUCUUCCGCACGACCUUAUUUUUAAAUCCCUUUCACACAUUAUACACAUCUGUUACAACAAUUCUAAAAAAACUUAUAUUAGAAUACAUAACAAUUAUAUUAACUAUACCGAUCAAUUACACUACAACAAACACAACAUUUCCUUCGAUAGUACGGAAUUAUACUCAAUAAUUAAAACCGUACUUAACGAGAGCUACGUAAUUUUCGCAGGACACAUCUUCAAACAAAUACAAGGUGUUCCCAUGGGAGGUAACGCCAGUUCCGAUAUUGCAGACCUUACUCUUUCAGCAAUGGAACACAUUUAUAGCAAAAUACCUCGCAACACCAUUAACAUUAUACGAUACGUAGACGAUAUUUUAAUUUUCAACGAAAACAACUUCGUUAAUAAAGCUAAAAGCAUAUACGGCAACGAGUUAGAACUGGACAUUACACCUAACAGUGAUAACGUCAAUUUUUUAGAUAUUAAUAUUACCAUAAGAAAUGGUAUUAUUCAAACCAACGUUUACGAUAAAACAACCUUCUUUAACUUUAAAGUGAACAAAUUCGCUAGCUUAGACAGUAAUAUCAGUGAUUCCAUACAUAAAAACAUCAUUUCAUCGCAAAUUGCAAGAUAUGCUUACAUAUGCAGCAAUCUGCAACACUUCAUUCACAAUUGCAUUACAUUAUCCACCAUCUAUUAUAAAAAAGGUAUUUCUAAUAACACAUUACAUAGAAUCGUGAAAAAUACCCUUAUAAAAAAUAAACAUUUACUUAUUAAAUAUAUAUACCCCAAUGCAGGUAAUAUUAAAAAACUUGCAUUACAGAUCAUUGAUCAUAUAACAUAG